UCAAAACAGCCUGUUUUUUCAUAUUGCCAGAGUUCUUAUGCUGAUUGCUUCUCAUCUGAAACCUCUUCUAUCAGUGCAAAACAGAUAGUUUUGUGGUUCACCUGUACCCCUCUGUUGGGAACUCUGCUGCUCAGUGUAGAGAGGGAGAAGUACAUUGCAUUCAGCUUGUGCAGGUAGGUAUCCACUUUGGUGUUGCUGGCAGUUCAGGUUGAUUGGACCUUAGACUCCUGGAAGAGUGUUCAGGUGCCAGCAAUGGUGGGUUAGGUUAGGUAAUCUCUAGUUUCCAGGUCCCUGGAUGGCAUACUGAAUCUUGAGGGGACCAGACCGAGGCCAGGCUGGCAAACUUGCCCUUAAGCCUCCCUGAAUUCAGGUGCUGGCUGUUGAUAGUGAGGGACACGACAAUCUCCUGCUUUGAAGAAUGAUUAGGCAGGAGAAGUAUGGAUGCACUGUGGGCCUGAGACAGGAGGAGUGGGUCCCUCUUGAAGAGAUUAGUAGAGGUAGGCAGCUAUUGGGCAUACAAGCUGCUCACACCUCUCUCUCUUGGCAGUAAAAGCAGUCUCUGUCAUUUGGGGCCCAGAAGAGCCCAAAUUCCCAGCUCCCACCCUGACCCAACUGCAGCAGAGGUGGUAGAGGCAGCUCAGGGCUAUGUGUAGGGCUACCAGACUAGCUGUGGGCUGUGGCUGAAAUGCUCUGGAGGGGGAGGAAUAGUUGUGCCAGGGACUUGCCUCCAGGAAGGGUAGGCUCCUCCCAAAAGAUACAGGAGCUUGGGGAGAGCACUGCUAGCCCUGCCCUCCCUCAGUGGAGAUGGUAGUUUUUGUCCUUGGGGCACACAAAAGCAUUUGCUGCAGCUUUUUAGAGGGACAAGAGUGAGCCCCAAGCUUCAUGGAAGCCUGAGUGUCAUAGGAACUCUAUCAGACGCGGGCAGCUGCUCCCAAGUGCCCUGGCCUAAUCGUCUCCUAUGGAACCCUCAUCAUUCGCAACUGGAAAAAGCAGUGGUGGGCAGGGGAGGGGAGGAAGAAGAGAAAGAGUAGGCCCCAAAUGGUGGGGAGCUGGUACCCUGGUCCUCUUUGUCCUAAGGGGCCCUCUAGUGUACUGUAUUCUCCUCUUGGCUGGAAGCAGCCUACCCUGAAUGCCCAAGCUCCAGGAGACCCACAGUUCCCCUGGGACCCACCAGUUCCCCAAGGCUGCUGUAGUCUUAAUGGGUGCUGGGGAGCAUUGGCUGUGGAUCCAGCAAUGUGGAGACCUAGGGGCUGACAUUCCUAGGUUGGGACAGCUGCAGAAACAUGGCUUGUCUGUGUGGGGAGGAAAAGGAGCCACACCCUCUGUGGAGAACCUGGGCAUACUGAGCAGAGUACUAUUGGGGAUGUGCCCCCUCUGCAAGCCUGGAACUCAUUGUCCCAUAGCACACCUGUGCCCAGAGUUUAUACUUGAGAGCAGAGACAGCUAUGUCCACAACAUUGGGUGGUUGGAAGAGGGAAAUUCCUGACUCCACAUUGCUUCUCGGGCUCUGCUGCUGCUGCUGCUCUGGGCUGGGGCGCUCUCCUACCCUGUGUAUUCCUCUCUGCACGCACAUCUUCACUGGGAGGGGUGAAGACAACUUUGGAUCACAAGCCAGUGGCUCUCAAGUGCAGGGAUUCCACCUUCUUCUGUCCCAAAAAGCAUUCACAACACUUCCCAGUCCUUGGGGCAGCCCAGAAAUAUUCCUGGUCUCCUCUGUCUCCCUGUUCCUUUGUGGUUGUCAUAGUCCGAAUGGAUGCUGGGAAUGUUCAUGUGGGAUCCAGUGACAGUGAGACUGAGGGGCUGUGAAUUCCCUGGUAGGGUAGAGGCACCUGACAUGUGUGCAAGCACUAUUGCACUCACUGUCUCAGCUUGGGUCUGUGAUAGAGGGAAGCGACCCUAUGCGGGCCUGCCAACCAGUAUUCUGUUCCCAGGAUGCUCUCAGUUUGCCAGUGGCAGCAGUGCCUGGAUCUGUCAGGGUAAAGGGGCUUUCUGACGGAUUGGAAGCUGUAGAUGCCAUAGAUGUUGGGGGAGGAAAAGUAAACACUCCCACCUACUCUUUCUGCUGGACUCCAAAUCCCUCAGAGGUCAGUCUGUGCCAAACUCUUGCUCCUCCUUGAAGAGAGAAGUCGUCUUGAAGAGAAGUCUGCUCUGCAACUUCUUCCCAUGGGAUCUCCAGUAAGGUACUUGGACCAUGAGACUGUUUCAGCCACAUUCAUCGACAGCAGUGGGCAGUUUGUUUCCUCCCAAGUGACAGGAAUUAGCCGGAAUCCCUACUGUGGCUAUGAGCACCAGACCCUGUCCAACCGGGAGCGCGUGGAAGAGGACUCAUUGCUGGCUGCCUUGCAGUGGCAGGUUCCUGAUGUGGGCCCAGUCCCCUUUGUGAAGAGCACUGACCCUUCCUCCAGCUACUUUGUCAUCUUAAACUCGGCAGCCUUCUUCAAUGUGGGAAGCCAGCUGGAGGUGCUGGUUCACGUGCAGGACUUUCAGAGGAAGCCCAAGAAGUAUGGUGGAGACUACCUGCAGGCCAGAAUUCACUCCCCCAAGUUGCAAGCAGGGGCUGUGGGCAGAGUGGUAGACUAUCAGAAUGGGUUUUACAAGGUUUUUUUUACUUUGCUCUGGCCGGGCAAAGUUAAAGUGUCUGUAACUCUGGUCCACCCCAGUGAAGGGAUUCGAGUUCUUCAGUACUUACAGGAAGAGAAACCAGACAGGGUCUAUUUCAAGAGUCUCUUCCGUUCAGGAAGAAUUUCUGAAACUACUGAGUGCAACGUGUGUCUUCCUGGGAGUCUGCCCUUGUGUAACUUUACAGAUCUCUACACUGGAGAGCCCUGGUUCUGUUUCAAACCAAAGAAGCUCCCUUGCAGCAGCAGAAUUAAUCAUUUCAAAGGUGGAUACCUGAAGGGUCUCCUGACUGCUUCAGAGAGCGCUUUCUUCCAGAGUGGUGUCAAUAUCAAAAUGCCAAUAAACUCCAAUGGACCUGAUUGGGUAACUGUGAUUCCCAGGAGAAUAAAAGAAACUAAUAACCUAGAACUAUUUCAAGACUCAGGCACUUUUCCUUCUGGGUAUUAUUAUAAAGACCAGUGGAGGCCCAGAAAAUUUAAGAUGCGUCAGUUUAAUGACCCUGACAACAUUACAGAAUGCUUACAAAGAAAAGUGGUGCAUUUAUUUGGUGAUUCAACAAUUAGGCAAUGGUUCGAAUACCUUACUACAUUUGUUCCAGAUUUAGUGGAGUUUAACUUGGGUAGUCCCAAGAAUGUGGGUCCCUUCCUUGCAGUGGACCAGAAGCACAACAUCCUGCUCAAAUACCGCUGCCAUGGUCCGCCCAUCCGCUUCACGACUGUCUUUAGCAGUGAUCUCCAUUAUGUGGCAAAUGAGCUGAACAGUAUUGUGGGAGGGAAGAACACCGUGGUUGCCAUAGCUGUAUGGUCUCACUUCAGCACCUUCCCCUUGGAAGUGUACAUCCGGCGGCUCAGGAAUAUCCGUCGAGCGGUGGUCCAGCUUCUGGAUAGAAGCCCUAAGACUGUGGUGGUCAUCCGGACAGCCAAUGCCCAAGAGCUGGGGCCUGAGGUGAGCCUUUUCAACAGCGACUGGUACAACUUUCAGCUGGACACCAUCCUUCGGAGGAUGUUUUCUGGGGUUGGAGUAUAUCUCGUCGAUGCCUGGGAGAUGACCUUGGCCCAUUAUCUACCCCACAAGCUGCAUCCAGAUGAAGUUAUUGUGAAGAACCAGCUGGACAUGUUCUUGUCCUUUGUGUGCCCCUUGGAGACCUAGCCUGUCCUGGAGGAAUCAUAUUCAGUUACCUUCCAAGUUGGGCUGCGUUACAGAAAGUGACCGCAUUGAGAGAUGACUGCCAUUAAUAUGUACAAAAUUUCAAAAAGAGCUGAACCUCAUAUAAUGACUUGUACAGAGCUUAUAAAAUACAGGUUACAUUUAUAUCUACCUAUAGGAUUUUUUCCAAUCUUGACUUAGCCAUGAUAGAACCCUUAUUAAUAGCAUCUACACACUGUAUUGCUCUUGUAACCAAAGAUGCUAAUGAGUGUAUUUGAAUUAGCUUCUCUUGGGAAGGGAGAUUACUGUGCUAAAGAGUGUGAAAAAUGUUCGGAUGUAAAUAGAAAGGACACGUUUGGUUGGCAGCGGAGUGUUUGUAACUUAUCUGGUAAAGGCAAUUGAGUGCAUCUGCAUGAAUAACACAAGUGAUCUAUCUUCAGGGGGUGAACUAGAGAAGGCUUGUAGUCAGAGGCUCUUGGAACACACUGAUGACUGCCAUGUCUCAGGAGUUUCUCUUGAUGAUCUACCUUUUCUGAGUUACUUGAAAAUGCCAAUGUCUUUGGUCAGAAUUUUACAAUUUCCUGAUUUUAUCUAGAAAAACAAAAGGGAAAUAUGAAACAAGCAAAAUAUGUGCUUUGAAUUAAUAUUUGCAUUUGAUGAUUGUUUCCUAUUUGAUUCAGCUAAAUUUUAUGUGUGGACUACUUAUUCUAGAAUAAGCAAUUUUGGAACCAAAAGGGGGAAAUCUCUAAAUGGAAAUUUAUUUUUAUGUUCUGAAGUUUGAGGGUUGUAAGAAUUGACUUUCAUGUAAAGAAUGCUAUUGAUUAUUAUAAAGUUGCGGAAAUUUUUUCCACUAAUUUCAAAUGUUUCCUUUUUGGUUGUUACUUUGAACUACAUACCAAAAUUAGAAAUUCAAAUCUAAUUAGAAAUUAAUAAAAUUAGUAUUAAAAUCUAUGACAGGUAUUUCUUAAUUUGGGGAUAAGAUAGACACAUUAUCUCAUGCUUGGAAGAAGCUGUUAUUCCUAUUGGCUAUCUAAAAAUAAUGAAAUUAUUAAUUAUUAAUAAAUAAUGACUUAGUUAAUUUGGGAUCUUUUAGUAAGUAUUUUUUCCUUUCUGAGCUAUGAUAUGUUACAGUUUAGUUUAAGUUGUUCCUAAACAGACAUGUGAAGAAACUAGGGAAGCUUUACAGAGAAAGACAGAUGCUUAAAGCAUGAAAAAUAUGCACCCUUAGAAGAAUGGGUCAAAGAAUUUGGAUUUUUAACUUCCCAUAGAGGAUCCAAGACCUUCCCUUUCCUAUCCUUGAGGACCACCUUCAACAUUAUAAAAUAUUUUAUGGAGAAAGAAGAUUUUUAAUUGUUGAGUCUGAAGAGGACCAAGUAGUUAAAUAUAUUAAAAUAGCUUAAUUUUAAUGAUCCUUAAGCUUUAGAAUAUCUAAUAAUCACUUGUAAAUUUGAUAAAAAUGCAGAAUUAGAGGCCAAGUCUCUGAGAGUUAUAGAAUUAAACUUUGUGACAAAUGCCCAGUGAUUCUGAUGCCAUGGUAGUAUUCCAAACUUUGAAAAACACUGACUAGGGGAAGAGGAAAGACAGAAUGAACAUCGCUUAUUAUUUCAGGAGCUGUACCAAUAACUAAUUUAAUUCUGCUCAUGAUCCAGUAGUGUAGGUGGUAUUAGCUGCAUUUUAUACAUGAGGAACUUGAGUUUGGAUUUGAACUAAGGUAUGUGAAAGUCCAUAGCCCUUUUCAGCUAUAACUUGUUAGAUUUUUAUAAAGAGGUUUUAUUUUCAUGAGAGAACUAAAGCAUUUGCUUAACAAGAAUUGCUGGAGGAGGGUAAGGAGUCAUUUUACCAGGAGAAUUUGAAAAAGAAAGAGGACACUGCCUCUCCACUGGUUUGGAAUGAUGCUGCUUGUUUGUGCAAAUGAUUUCUUGUGAUCUUGUCCAUUUCUGUUAUUUUUUCGAUUUGGUGACAUAAGGCCAUAAAAAUUUGAUGACAUAGUUUACUGAGGUAUUUUCAGUCACUUCCAUCCCUUUUGUAAUUUGUCUUUCUACACUCUGGUGUGGAAAUUUUGAUAGAGAUUGAAAUAUUACUUAAAUCUUUCAAAACAGAUAUAAUAAGACAGUUUCUUCUGAAAAGUUUAUUUUAGGCCAGGACCACAUAGUUCUGAAUAUCAGCAUGCCAGCCAAAUAAUAGUUUGUUUUAAAUAUAUAUUUCCCAUUAUAAUUGUAAGAGACAUCAUAACUUUUAAAAACUAUAAAAUCUAGAAGAAGAAAAAUCUGUAGAUAAAAUCCAUAAUCCUAUCAUCUGAAUGCAUUGAACAUUAGCAUUUUGGUAUUAUUUCUGCAGGUUUCUUAACUAUAUAUUUGUAAUGAUAGAAAACAUGUAAUUUGGAUAUGUUUUUUACUUAACAUACAUAUUUUUCUAUGUUAGUCUUCAUAACUUAAUUAUAAAGGUCUUCCUAAUAGUUCUGCUUAUGGUGUUAUCAUUGUCAGAUAAGUUGGUCACUGUGGUUGGACAGUUAGGCUUAAAAUAUUAAAAUAGUAGUAUAUAUAAUUUCAUUGAAUUAAAUAUUAAUUUUUAUUUUGGGAUGAUAGUAUUAAUUUAACUUAGUGAAUCUCAUAUUCCUGAACUCAAAUGAUUGAUUCGAUGCUAUUUGUGAAAGGGAGAAUACAUAAUAAGAACCAUCUAUGCUAAUUAUAUUUUAUAGAAGUUAUUCUAUUAAGAGUAAUUUUUCUUUAGCAAAUACAAAAUAGAUCUUUUGUGUUCUGAUAUGAUAAAUUUUGCCAUUCUGAACAAACAUCAUUUUAUUAAAUACCACUUGACUGAUACUUCCUGUCUUCAGUUAUGAGGUUUCAGAUUGAUAAAUCAGGGUAGGGUACUUGACAAGAAUAAAUAUGGUAAGCUUUUACAUAUUCAUAUGUUACAUGCCAGAAAUGAGUCUGUUUCUGGACCCUAUUAAGGAAAUGGCAGUCACUGCGAGAGAGAGUUAUAAGGAAAUAAAUACCCAAGGGAAACAACAGAAAUAAGCCUCCCCAACCCUCCAAAAAAACUGCUCAGCAUUUUGUUUGUGGGUUUUGGGUAAAUACAGCUUUUUUACAUUAACUAGUUACUAAUGCCAGAAAUCCCAUUUUACAUGUAUUUAUUUUCUUGCUUUAAGCAUUAUUCUACCCAGGGUUUAUGUCUACAAUGCAGUCAGUGCACUCAGAAUGCCUAACACCUCAAUGUGCAAUGAAUAAAUAAGAUUUCAAAGUUGCCAUUUUUCACUUUGAAAGUGAAACCACAGCCCCUGAGUGUUAAAGGCACCUGGGAAUCCUGGGAGCAUGGGGAUGGGGUGGUGGUGGAAGAUGAGAAGAUGGUUGAGGGCAGAAGUUUAUAGAACACAGAGGAUAGGAGAGCACAAAAUGCACGUUAUCAACUUCAAUCUAACUUGUCUCUUAAAAGUGCACUUACAUUUUUACUUCUUUAAAAAGUGUGAACUUAAAUAUAUAUAUAUAUAUGUAUAUAUAUAUUUCCUUUUGAACAUUCUUCAUUAAAUGAGAGGAAAUCAGCCCUCUGAGCUUUAAGGACCUGAUGAUGUGUACCUCCAGAUGCCCAUCCCUACAGGAGAACCAGACAGCCAUCAUUUCCUGUGUAAUCACAAAACUGGAUUGUAACACUGCUUGGGGUUAGAUAAUUUACGGAAGAAAAAAAAAAAAAAA